AGCCUGCCGCGGGGAGGGUGACGAAGCUGGGGCGGCCCUCUUGUAGGACGGCUUCCCUGGGACCUGUUACCAUGUCCCAUCAACCUCUGAGCUGCCUGACUGAGAAGGGGGACAGCCCCUGUGAGACCCCAGGAAAUGGACCCCCCAAUAGGGUUCACCCCAGCCUGGAUACAUCCACUCCUGAGGAGCUGCUACAGCAAAUGAAGGAACUCCUGGUUGAGAACCACCAACUAAAAGAAGCCAUGAAGCUAAACAAUCAAGCCAUGAAAGGGCGGUAUGAGGAACUUUCAGCCUGGACAGAGAAGCAGAAGGAAGAGCGCCAGUUGUUUGAGACACAGAGCAAAGAAGCUAAGGAGCGCCUGAUAGCCUUGAGUCAUGAAAAUGAGAAACUGAAGGUGGAGCUUGGAAAACUAAGAGAGAAGUCAGAAAGGCCAUUUGAAGAUUCUGUGUGUGGCUCCAGGCCUCCCAGGUCAGAUUUGGAGCAGGAGGUGGAGCAGCUGAAGAUCCAGGUGAUGCGCCUUCAGGCUGAAAAGGCAGACCUGCUGGGCAUUGUCUCAGAACUGCAGCUCAAGCUCAACUCCAGUGGCUCCUCAGAGGACUCCUUUGUUGAAAUCAGGAUGGCUGAAGGAGAAGCUGAAGGGGCAAUGAAGGAAAUGAAAAACAGUCCUAUACCUACAAGGACAGACUCCAUCAGCAUGACCAAAUCUACAGAAGAUGCCAGGACUUGUGUGGAGUUUGAGGAAUUAACUGUAAGCCAACUCCUGCUUUGCCUAAGGGAGGGAAACCAAAAGGUGGAGAGACUUGAAGUCGCACUCAGAGAAGCCAAAGAAAGAAUUGCAGAGUUUGAAAAGACAGCAAAUAACUAUUCGGAGAUUGAGACCCAGACAGAGGGGAGCAUAGAAGAGGAUGAAGAUGACAAAGACUCAGAAAGUGUUGGAAGUGAAGUGGAAGCAUUGAAUGUUCGAGUGACAUCUCUGUUUAAGGAGCUUCAAGAGGCACACACGAAACUCAGUGAGGCUGAGCUAAUGAAGAAAAGACUUCAAGAAAAGUGUCAGGCUCUGGAAAGGAAGAACUCUGCCACCCCGUCAGAGCUGAAUGAGAAGCAAGAGCUUGUUUACAGCAACAAAAAGUUGGAGCUGCAGGUGGAGAGCAUGCGCUCUGAAAUCAAGAUGGAGCAAGCUAAGACAGAAGAUGAAAAAUCCAGGUUAGCCACUCUGCAGUCAGCACACAACAAGCUUCUUCAAGAACAUAAUAAUGCACUGAAAACAAUUGAGGAACUAACCAAAAAACAGGCAGAGAAGGUGGACAGGAUGAUGCUUCAAGAGCUCCAUGAAAAGCUGGAGCUGGCAGAAUGGGCUCUGGCAUCCAAGCAGCUUCAAAUGGACGAGAUGAAGCAGACCAUUGCUAAGCAGGAGGAGGACCUGGAAACCAUGGUUGUCCUCAGGACUCAGAUGGAAGUGUACUGUUCAGAUUUUCAUGCUGAAAGAGCAGCAAGAGAGAAGAUACAUGAAGAAAAGGAACAGCUGGCCUUGCAGCUGGCAAUUUUGCUGAAAGAGAACAAUGACUUUGAAGAUGGAGGCAGUAGGCAAUCCUUGAUGGAAAUGCAGAGCCGGCACGGGGCAAGGACCAGUGACUCUGACCAGCAGGCUUACCUGCUUCAAAGAGGAGCUGAGGACAUGAGCUGGGGACAGCAGCAGCCUCGGAAUAUUCCAAUUCAUUCUUGUCCCAAAUGUGGAGAGGUUCUGCCGGACAUUGACACACUACAGAUCCAUGUCAUGGAUUGCAUCAUUUGAGUGUUGUCCAUUUGAGUUCAACUCCCCAAAAACUUUUGGUAAAUGCCAGAUUUUUCUCCUCCAAGACUUGUACUUCUGUCUUAUUUGGUGUCAUGCAAAUAUUUUUGCCACAUUAUCCUUAUUCCAGGAGAAAGAACAUGUGCCCUUCCUAAGGAGAGCAUCUUCUGUAUUGACCGGAAGUCACAAAGUAGAAUCUAGUUACCACCCUUCCAGUAAGAGAUCCAGUGCUUUUAUGUUUGCUCCUAAGAGACACUGAGAGGCCAUCAGCCAGAAUGGGACACCAUGUGACCAAGGUCACAGAGUUACUUGUGAGAAACUCACUGACAUCUAUUAAGAGCCUUUACGAGGCAAGAAAAUGAAAUGGUCAGAAAAUGUGCCUGGCAUGUUUUUCUAGGCACGACUUCACCCUGCAGGUGUUUUGUUGAUUUAUAUGUAAUUAUUGGGAAGGUACCAUAUGGCGCUCUCUGACUGAGCUUUCUGUCCUUAUCAGGCCAGGUGAGUGCUGGGGAUGUAGCUCAGGAGUGGCAGGGGUGGAGUGCUUUCCCACAGCUGUGGUGUGUCAACACCUUUAACCUGUUUUGUACUGGAGGUGUAUGGACUAGUACAGCAUAUAGUUUAAUUUUUUAAAUAGAAUAGCUAUUUUUUCCUAGAUGAAGUAGAAGCUUACAAACAUCAGUUAUUACAAAAUAGAAUUUUUCUGCAAGUCUGCCACAUGGCUCAUAUAUGACAUUGUAGUAUGUAUAUUCUGUAUUAAGCUCAUUUGGCUUAAUGUAAACUUAAUACUGAGAUGUUUUAUUCAUGAUAAUGGGAGCAGGUCCUUUUCAUAGAGGGCCAGUACAUGUUACAUGAGACCCCUGCUAAAAUGGUGAACACAGGCGUGUUGGUGGUAUCUCCAUUACACAGGAGACUGAGGCAGGAGAUCACCAACUCAUGGCCAGCUAAGGCUACCUGGACUAAAUAGGGAUUUGCCGUGUUUUCUGUAAAAAAGGCAAGCAAAAACUAAACAAGUUACAAAAGUAAACAGAUUCAAGUCCAAAAACAUUUAAGAGAAAAUGAGGUUUGCUUUGCUUGUGUUUACCAUAGGAUCUCUGGUUAAAUACACCUGUGUAUUUAAAUGGAAUCAAACAGUUGAUUCCCCUCCCCCCAAGGGAACAGACUAUCCAAGUUACAGUUAUCUCCAUGCCUGAACAGUUACCCUCACUCCAAGACAGCAUUACACUGUACUGGUUCAGCAGUGAUUAGGUUUGAUUUUUUUCCCUCUUGCAUCCUCAGGACAAUGUUUGUUAAUGACAUUUCUAAAAUGACAAUGAUUUUUUUUUCUUUUCUUUACUAUUUUAUACUGGAAAAAAAAUAGAUUUCUAUAGUAUCCCAGAUAGAAGAGGAAACCAAAUGUUUUCACAAUGAAGUUACUGGGAAAAUCCGUUUUUCAAGUAUGAUUUUGUUCAAGUAUAACUGUCUGAUAAAGCCAAACUGUGAAGUGGGACCUCAAAUGACCUUAAUAAGAUUGUGGCCAAUACAUUUGUUUGAUCAAUGGAGAAGAUUACAAAUGAAGGCAAGUUCAAAUUAAGACAAUGGGAGAGAUGUCUGUAUACCAUCUUCAUAGCAACAUUUUCUACAGUAGAUAGGAUACAGUGCAACCUAGAUGUCCAUUCACCUAGAUAAGGAAAAUGCAAUACACAAUAUAAUGAAGUAGUAUUCAGCCUUUUAAAAAAGGAAAUCUUAUCACUUUAACAUAGAUAACCUGGAGGGCACCAUGUCAAGUGAAAUAAGCCAUUCAUGAAUACCACAUGAUGUCACUUGUGUGCGGACUCUGAAAAAAUGAACUCAUAGAUGUUGAGAGCUGAGUGGUGGUUAGCAGCACAUGAAGGAAGGUGUGGGAAGGGUGAGAAGAUGUUGAUGAAAGGGUGUGAAAUCUCAGGAGGGAUAACCUGUUGUGAUCCACUGUACAGAAUAGUGACUUCAAUAAUUUGUAUAUUCUGACUGUGUGGUUUAAGGGAAUCACCAGUUUAGUAAACAAUUUGUAAAUGCUGUGUGGGUCAUCUGAUUUAUUUAAUCCACUGUCUGUUCUAAGGCAUCGUUCGAUGUUACCAAUUAGCUGCAAAUCAUAGGAGCAUUGUGCAUGUUAUUUUCUUUCUUUCUUUUCUUGUUUUGGUUUUUUUGAGACCAGCUCUCACUAUGUAGCCCUGGAUGUCCUGGAAUUCACUAUGUAGACCAGGCUGGUUUCAAACUCACAGAGAUUCACUUGCCUCCUUCCUGAUUGCUGGAAUUAAAGGCUCCCAUCACCAUG